GAUUAGGAUGAACAUAGUGUGAAGGAGGACUGUGAGGAGGAGGAUGAUGAACAUAGUGUGAAGGAGGACUGUGAUGACGAGGAUGAUGAUGAACAUAGUGUGAAGGAGGACUGUGAGGAGGAGGAUGAUGAACAUAGUGUCAAGGAGGACUGUGAGGAGGAGGAGGAUGAACAUAGUGUGAAGGAGGACUGUGAGGAGGAGGAUGAUGAACAUAGUGUGAAGGAGGACUGUGAGGAGGAGGAGGAUGAACAUAGUGUGAAGGAGGACUGUGAGGAGGAGGAGGAUGAUGAACAUAGUAUGAAGGAGGACUGUGAGGAGGAUGAUGAUGAACAUGGUGUGAAGGAGGACUGUGAGGAGGAGGAGGAUGAACAUAGUGUGAAGGAGGACUGUGAGGAAGAGGAUGAUGAACAUAGUGUGAAGGAGGACUGUGAGGAAGAGGAUGAUGAACAUAGUGUGAAGGAGGACUGUGAGGAGGAGGAGGAUGAACAUAGUGUGAAGGAGGACUGUGAGGAGGAGGAGGAUGAUGAACAUAGUAUGAAGGAGGACUGUGAGGAGGAUGAUGAUGAACAUGGUGUGAAGGAGGACUGUGAGGAGGAGGAGGAUGAACAUAGUGUGAAGGAGGACUGUGAGGAAGAGGAUGAUGAACAUAGUGUGAAGGAGGACUGUGAGGAAGAGGAUGAUGAACAUAGUGUGAAGGAGGACUGUGAGGAGGAGGAUGAUGAACAUAGUGUGAAGGAGGACUGUGAGGAGGAGGAUGAUGAACAUAGUGUGAAGGAGGACUGUGAGGAAGAGGAUGAUGAACAUAGUGUGAAGGAGGACUGUGAGGAGGAGGAUGAUGAACAUAGUGUGAAGGAGGACUGUGAGGAGGAGGAUGAUGAACAUAGUGUGAAGGAGGACUGUGAGGAGGAGGAUGAACAUAGUGUGAAGGAGGACUGUGAGGAGGAGGAGGAUGAUGAUGAACAUAGUGUGAAGGAGGACUGUGAGGAGGAGGAGGAUGAACAUAGUGUGAAGGAGGACUGUGAGGAGGAGGAGGAUGAACAUAGUGUGAAGGAGGACUGUGAGGAGGAUGAACAUAGUGUGAAGGAGGACUGUGAGGAGGAGGAGGGUGGUGGUGAUGAUGAUGGUGAUGGAGAUUCUGAUUUAUAUCUAAUUGAUAAUGUGGGUCUGUGACACAUUGUUGUAAGCACCAUUCACGGUGGCCCAUGGCGUCAUGAAGGCCUCACUACACAAAACUAGCAUAUGUUUAAUGUGUGUGUAACACAUUUGUUACGUGUUCAGUGGUUCAAGAGGCUUUAGGCUGUGUGUGUGUGUGUGUGUGUGUCUGUGUCUGUGUCUGUGUCUGUGUCUGUGUCUGUGUCUGUGUCUGUGUCUGUGUCUGUGUGUCUGUGUCUGUGUCUGUGUCUGUGUCUGUGUCUGUGUCUGUGUGUGUGUGUGUGUGUGUGUGUGUGUGCGGUGAGGUAGGGAUGCAGAGCAGGAUGCUGAUCUCAGCAAACGAGGGCUAAAGCACCAUCCAAUGAACGAUCGAGAGAGAGGUAGAAAAAAACUAGUUAGGAAUGAAAUAAAGAAGUGAACGACAGACUCUGUCUCUCUUUCUCUACAUAAUUAGCUCUCUGGUUUUGACUAGAUGGUAUACAGCUACAGUCAGAAUUAACUUUUCGUAGCAGGUCAGGAGAACUUACACAGAAGGUUAGGACAUUUAUUUAGCAGGUCAGGAGAACUUACACAGAAGGUUAGGACAUUUAUUUAGCAGGUCAGGAGAACUUACACAGAAUGUUAGGACAUUUAUUUAGCAGGUCAGGAGAACUUACACCGAAGGUUAGGACAUUUAUUUAGCAGGUCAGGAGAACUUACUCAGAAGGUUAGGACAUUUAUUUAGCAGGUCAGGAGAACUUACACAGAAGGUUAGGACAUUUAUUUAGCAGGUCAGGAGAACUUACACAGAAGGUUAGGACAUUUAUUUAGCAGGUCAGGAGAACUUACACAGAAGGUUAGGACAUUUAUUUAGCAGGUCAGGAGAACUUACUCAGAAGGUUAGGACAUUUAUUUAGCAGGUCAGGAGAACUUACACAGAAGGUUAGGACAUUUAUUUAGCAGGUCAGGAGAACUUACACAGAAGGUUAGACAUUUAUUUAGCAGGUCAGGAGAACUUACUCAGAAAGUUAGGACAUUUAUUUAGCAAGUCAGGAGAACUUACACAGAAGGUUAGGACAUUUAUUUAGCAGGUCAGGAGAACUUACACAGAAGGUUAAGACAUUUAUUUUUUCAGGUCAGGAGAACUUACACAGAAGGUUAGGACAUUUAUUUAGCAGGUCAGGAGAACUUACUCAGAAGGUUAGGACAUUUAUUUAGCAGGUCAGGAGAACUUACACAGAAGGUUAGGACGUUUAUUUAGCAGGUCAGGAGAACUUACUCAGAAGGUUAGGACAUUUAUUUAGCAGGUCAGGAGAACUUACACAGAAGGUUAGGACAUUUAUUUAGCAGGUCAGGAGAACUUACACAGAAGGUUAGGACAUUUAUUUAGCAGGUCAGGAGAACUUACACAGAAGGUUAGGACAUUUAUUUAGCAGGUCAGGAAAAGGGUUAGGGUUAGCUAAAAUGCAAAAAAUUCUCCCUGACAUCCAACUUUUUGACAUAACCCUCCUAUCCAUCCCAACCUCUCUCCCUGUCAUCUCCCUCCUCAUCUCUCUCUCUCUCUCUCUCUUUUUCUCUCCCUUGUAUCUUUCUACCUCUCUCUCUUCCUCCACCCCCCCCCCCUCUCUCAUCCCUCUUCCUCUCUCUUUGUCUCACAUGAUGAAAGUGAAUGUGGCCAAAACACACCCAGGACGUGUGAAAACCACACGGACGACUAGAGAGAGGAACAGAUGGUGUCAGAGAGAGAUGGAGAGAGGGAGGGGGGGGGGGAGAGAGAUAGUGGGAAUGCGGGAGGGAGGGAGAGAGAGCGGGAGGUGAAAGAGAGAGAUAGCUAGAAAGAGCAGACAUAGACACUGAUGCAUGGUGUUAGGUCAUUAAUACUGAUACAAUUCAAGUGUGUGUGUGGAGUUGAACACUGAUAAAUCAAGACGAGGGAUUCAAUCAAUCGCCACUUUUUUCAGACACUAUGAAGAUGAUUGUUAUGCAAAUGAAUAUGUACAACACACACACACACCCUGGUCUCUGCCUGUGGCCCAUAAAGAUGGUGUCUGAGUCUCGUCUGUCUGGUGUAGAGCACAGAUCAGUCACAGCUGACAGAGACCCUGGUGUGUACAUGUGCGGCAGGUGAUACAGUAACACCUGUUCAGCACGAUCAAUUACCUCAGGGAGGCACACACACACGCACGCACGCACGCACGCACGCACGCACGCACGCACGCACGCACGCACGCACGCACGCACGCACGCACACACACACACACACACACACACACACACACACACACACACACACACACACACACACACACACACACACACACACACACACACACACCACACACAUGGUGCGGUCAGCCCACUGCCUGGCCCUGUUCAGAAAGAUUCACCAUUUGGGUCAUUCACGCUUCAGUGUGCAAUCACGAACACACUGUCUCACGUGAUGCUACCUCCAUCUCUCUGUCUCUCUCUCUCUCUGGCUCUCAAUGUCUUCUUCCUGGGGACAAGCUGUAGCUUGAAAUCCGUGUAUGUUUGCCUCCUGAGGGCCUCAGUGACAGAAGAGGGGACAGAGAGGAGAGAGAGAGGAGAAAUGGUAGAUAGUGUAGACAUUGUAUAAUUAACAACACGGCCAGAGGAGGUGUGGUAUAUGGCGAUUAUACCACAGCUAAGAGCUGUUCUUAGGCACGACGCAACGCAGAGUAUAUUGGUCGUAUACCACAAACCCCAGAGGAGCCUAAUUGCUGUUAUAAACUGAUUAACAACGUAAUUAGAGCAGUAAAAAUACAUGUUUUGUCAUAACCGUGAUAUACCACGGCUUUCAGCCAAUCAGCAUUCAGGGCUGUUUAUAACAGUAGCUAUUUGGUCAUUGUAGUAAAGCUCCAGGGUUGUGGGUCUGUCUGUGGUGUAACAUGAUGCUGGUCCUUACUGUGUGGGGCUGUGGGUGACCUGCCUGCCGUGUGGGAUUCCCCAGGGAGGAUAGACGGGAAAGCUGGUGCAAUCUCCCUCUUACUUUCUCUCUCUUUCUGAAGGUGUGUGUGUGUGUGUGUGUGUGUGUGUGUGUGUGUGUGUGUGUGUGUGUGUGUGUGUGUGUGUGUGUGUGUGUGUGUGUGUGUGUGUGUGUGUGUGUGUGUGUGUGUGUGUGUUUGGUGUGUGCACUUGCGUGCGUACGUUCUUGUGAGCCGUUUGAACCAUGUGUGUGUGUGUGCGUCCGCACCUGCAAAUGUGUGAGUGUCCUGAUUAGGUCUACAUAGUAAUUGUACAGAUCUGAACUCUCUCCUUAUAGACUGUAAUUACUGAUGAUGAAACCUCUGAGCACUGUAGCAGUCCACACACUGUGUAUAGCAGUGCUCUCUCUCUGUGUGUGUGUGUGUGUGUGUGUGUGUGUGUGUGUGUGUGUGUGUGUGUGUGUGUGUGUGUGUGUGUGUGUGUGUGUGUGUGUGUGUGUGUGUGUGUGUGUGUGUGUGUGUGUUUGGUGUGUGCACUUGCGUGCGUACGUUCUUGUGAGCCGUUUGAACCAUGUGUGUGUGUGUGCGUCCGCACCUGCAAAUGUGUGAGUGUCCUGAUUAGGUCUACAUAGUAAUUGUACAGAUCUGAACUCUCUCCUUAUAGACUGUAAUUACUGAUGAUGAAACCUCUGAGCACUGUAGCAGUCCACACACUGUGUAUAGCAGUGCUCUCUCUCUGUGUGUGUGUGUGUGUGUGUGUGUGUGUGUGUGUGUGUGUGUGUGUGUGUGUGUGUGUGUGUGUGUGUGUGUGUGUGUGUGUGUGUGUGUGUGUGUGUGUGUGUGUGUGUGUGUGUGUGUGUGUGUGUGUGUGUGUGUGUGUGUGUGUGUGUGUGUGUGUGUUCUGCCUGGUUCUCCUCUCACAUGAAAAGGAAAGAGAGAAUAUUAAAAUGGGCGCCUAAAGAGACGCCUGCUGGAUGUGGAUCUAGAACAGAGGAGAGAAGGAGGCUACAAAGACACGGGCAGAAGAAAGGACGAGCCAGAGAAUGAGGGAAGAGGAGAGUGGGGGGCAGAGGAAGAGAAAGAAGGAGAGAGGCAUAGUGAAAGAGAUGCAGAGGGAGGGACAGGAAGAGGAAGCUAAAGAGAGUCAGAAGGAAGGGUGUACAGAGAGAGAGAGAGAGUGAGAGAGAGAGAGAGAGAGAGAAAGAAAAAAGAGGGAGGGACCCAAGAGAAGAGAGUGUGAAAGAGAGGCAGAGGGAGGUACUGUGUGAAGAGAGAAGUAGUGAAAGCGAUACAGGAGCUUGAAUAGAAUAGGGGGAAAGAGAAAGUCACAGAGGGAGGUUGGUGUAAUGAGAGAUGGAGAGAGAAAGAGCAACAGAGGGACAGAGGGAGGUUGGUGGAAUGAGAGAUGGAGAGAGAAAGAGCAACAGAGGGACAGAGGGAGGUUGGUGGAAUGAGAGAUGGAGAGAGAAAGAGCAACAGAGGGAGGUUGGUGGAAUGAGAGAUGGCGAGAGAAAGAGCAACAGAGGGACAGAGGGAGGUUGGUGGAAUGAGAGAUGGAGAGAGAAAGAGCAACAGAGGGACAGAGGGAGGUUGGUGGAAUGAGAGAUGCAGAGAUGGAAGUUAGUGUAAUGAGAGAUGGAGAGAGAAAGAGUCACAGAGGGAGGUUGGUGGAAUGAGAUAUGGAGAGAGAAAGAGUCACAGCGGGACAGAGGGAGGUUGGUGGAAUGAUCGAUGCAGAGAUAAAGAUCAACAGAGGGACAGAGGGAGGUUGGUGGAAUGAGAGAUGCAGAGAUAAAGAGCAACAGAGAGACAGAGGGAAGUUGGUGGAAUGAGAGACGCAGGGAUAAAGAGCAACAGGGAGACAGAGGGAGGUUGGUGGAAUGAGAGAUGGAGAGAGAAAGAGUCACAGAGGGAGGUUGGUGGAAUGAGAGAUGGAGAGAUAAAGAGAGAAUGAGUCACAGAGGGAGGUUGGUGGAAUGAUCGAUGCAGAGAUAAAGAGGAACAGAGGGAGGUUUUGUGGAAUGAGAGAUGGAGAGAUAAAGAUCAACAGAGGGACAGAGCGAGGUUGGUGAAAUGAGAGAUGGAGAGAGAAAGAGGGACAGAGGGAGGUUGGUGGAAUGAGAGAUGGAGAGAGAAAGAGUCACUGAGGGAGGUUGGUGGAAUGAGAGCUGGAGAGAUAAAGAGAGAAAGAGCAACAGAGGGACAGAGGGAGGUUGGUGGAAUGAGAGAUGGAGAGAGAACGAGUCAGAGGGACAGAGGGAGGUUGGUGGAGUGAGAGAUGGAGAGAGAAAGAGUCACAGAGGGAGGUUGGUGGAAUGAUAGAUGGAGAGAUAAAGAGAGAAAAAGUCACAGAGGGAGGUUGGUGGAAUGAUCGAUGCAGAGAUAAAGAUCAACAGAGAGACAGAGGGAGGUUGGUGGAAUGAGAGCCGCAGAGAUAAAGAGCAACAGAGGGAUAGAGGGAGGUUGGUGGAAUGAGAGAUGGAGAGAGAAAGAGCAACAGAGGGACAGAGGGAGGUUGGUGGAAUGAGAGAUGGAGAGAGAAAGAG